AAGCCCUUGACAACAGUUUAAGCGCAGUUAAUAUGACUUUUAAAGUGCAGUAUGAAUGAAGCAAUUUUUAGCAUGCAUUGCACGAGAACAUUCUUAGUUUGGGGAAAACAAGCGUUAAAACAAUAGCAGCGAGGACAUAUGGAUAAGAUGGAUCGAUUCUUUAAUUAAGAUCUUCAUUUAUAAUAGGAAAAAACCCAACUAUUAAUAUAUGACACGGGUAAAGAAGAUAAUUUAAGACAAAGGCAGUGUCGAAAAAUGAUUUGUUUUCUGCAGUGAAUCGCAAACAUGGAUAACUCUAAGUUAAAGCCGGAAAGUGGCCAUGCUACUAGUAUAUCAAAAGCCAAAAACACAACUGUUAGAGACGAUGUGGUUAAAAUCAGCAAUCAAUUGGAAGACCUUCAGAUACUUACUUCCAAUUUAAACUUGGACACGCGGGAAGACUGGGAAAAAAGACGCAGUAUAGUACAGGAAACAGUACGCUGCCUUGACCUUAUGCAUCAAGUUUUUGACAAUUCAAAUGGUGAUCAAUGUACAGAUUACGGAGAACCGUUCGAGGUAUUUGUUCAUACCUUUAAGAUCAGUAAGCACAUCUGUGAAAUAGUAUGCAAGCUUUGCAUACACAUUACUCUCAGGUUCUCUUCGAAAAACAUCCAAUUUUGUGCAGGUAUUUGCGACAUACCUAACACUCUCUACGAGGUGUUGCAGUCUUUCAAAACGAUUAUUACAACGGUUCUUUUCCACAACGAUUUCCUUUAUAGGACCGAAACCAUUAAACGCAGAAACAGCUUCCAGAAAACUUGUACGGAUUUUAACAUAUUUGUUUGUAACGAAAUGAAAAUAGCUUUAAAAAUCAUGAAAAGAAGCAGGUUUCGUCCCAUGGAAGGAUUUAAAUCAUUGCUUGCUUCGGUUGUAAAGCAGUUCUAUUACAUGGGAAUAGGAUGUGGACUUUUGCGGGUUUUACUGGCAUGUGAUUCGAGGAGCAAUAGUGAAAUAGAAAACCCAUCAAAUCCGCUUGCAAGAGAUUUUAAAGAAAUGUUGAAACUUUCCGCAUGUUUGCUAAUAAAUGGAAGAUAUGCCUUACGCAGUUUGAGUUAUAAAGAGGACUCUGCGUGUGAAGUCAAUCUUGUUUGCGAUCAAAUCAGAGAUCUAAAAAAUGCCAUAGAUGGUGGUAUCGGAGAAUUGGAUUACCGACUUAAAAUAACCGAGGCCAUGUCGUUAAAAAUAUGCACAUUAUUUGAUUUAGGAGAUAAAUGCCUGCCAGAAGGACAUCAACAAAUAGAAGACGUUACAAUUAUAAGUUCAUCGGAUUUUGAGCGGUUUCUCGAAUAUGAUGAUUCUAAAGAAAAUGGCUCGGAUUUUGAUGGCUUUCACGAAAAAGAUGAUUUAGAUGACGAAAGUUUAAAACGAGUAGCUGUAAAAGAAAUAGAAGACCUAUUACUCGGCAGUGAUGUAGAUAAAAGUGAAAUACUUCAUGUUUUCAAAAUGGAGGGUUUCAAAUCAUGUGUUAAAAUUUGUAUAGACAACCAAUCUGAAUUUAUAAGGUCAAAAAUUGACGGUAAAGUCUUCAAACAAGGACGUUGGAUAUCUGCAAGAGAUGUUGUUAUUCGGGGAAACCGGGUCUCCAUGACCAUUAGUCCUGGAGAAUUUUUUAUUGUUCACUAUAGGUUUCCGAAAUAUCAGAAAACAUUUAGCAAGCAAAACAUGAGAGAGGGUCCGACGAUAUCAUUGCCUGCAGCUAAAUGUUCUGUGAUGCUUCCUCCUUCAGAUGUUGAUAGAGAUGUGACAUUUACGUGUAAGAUACACCUGACCGACGAAAAUCGAAUAAAGGAAUACCAAGAAGAAAAUCCAGAAGAAUAUGGGGACGUGUCAGUAAUGAACGGCGUGCAAAUGGAGUCCUCAGAAGAGAUUAAGAAGGGAUUUGUUGAGUUCCAAAGAGGAGGCGGAGGGCCACCAAAUGAUACAGUUUAUUUUCGUUUUAUGACUUCAGGUUCUGGAUUUAAUCGCUGGGAAUAUGAUAAAGUGGAACCAAAAGUUCAAAACAACAAAUUGAUGUUUGAGGUGGAUAUAGACGAUCAUUCCAACCAUGAUUGUAAAAAAUCUUACAUUGUUGGAAUUGAAAAUGUUCAAUCGAACAAAAAGAAAUCUGACAAGAUUCUUGACAUAUUUCUAACACUUCUUGGUUUCAAAGCACAGUGCAAAUUGUUAACAUUAUAUAUGGUACCCGAGGAUCAAGAUGCCACUAUAAAUUUGUGUGUGCUUUGCGUUGAGUCAAAAGGAUUCGAUCUAUCUGAUCAAGCAUCCAAGUAUAUUAGGAACAAAUGGAUUCGAAUUGAAGAGUUUGAUGAAAGUUCAGAUUUCCUCAUAACACCUGGCGAAGUAAUUCGUCUUGGUUUCAGAGGAAAUGUCGGACUAAAAGAAGUAGAUCCACCUGUAAUAACGUUUAUAAAGAAAGGAUCGUGUUUCGCACGUGUAAAACUUCAUUGUCUUGAUAAAAAUAAUCCAACGGGAUAUGUACAGAUGGAUCUAAACGACCAAACCUUAGAUUCAAAACAGUUAGAUUGGAACUAUCUUUUAAGAAAGUGGAAAUAUGGGCCGCAGUCUAGGAGUGAGGAACCGGUUGUAGAAAUUAAGGGUUCAUCUCAUUGCAGCAUAUUAUGAGCUGAAGUGCAUGUAUAAUGCUCAUUUU